AUGGUGCCCCAUAAAGAUGUAAACGGGUUGAGCUUGUCCCGGGCCGCGGAGUUCACCUCCAGGCUGAAGUGCCAGCCCCGCUACGUGCUUUCCCAAAACGUGACGACCUGGAACGACCCGCUGGAGGUCUGCCUGCAGCGCCAGGUGGUGCAGGAGACCCUGCACGUCUUCCAGCACGCCGUGCCCGUGGAGGGAAAGCCCGUCACCAACCAGAAGACCUCAGGGAGAUGCUGGAUCUUUUCAUGUCUGAAUGUGAUGCGUCUCCCUUUCAUGAAGAAGUUCAACCUCGAAGAGUUUGAGUUCAGCCAGGCAUACCUCUUUUUCUGGGAUAAGGUGGAGCGCUGUUACUAUUUGUUAAAUGCCUUUGUGGAAACCGCUCAGAAAAAGGAACCUGUGGAAGGCAGACUGGUACAGUUCCUGCUUACCAACCCCACAAAUGACGGUGGACAGUGGGAUAUGCUGGUUAACCUUAUCGAAAAAUAUGGUGUUAUUCCUAAGAAAUGCUUCCCUGAAUCUUACACCACGGAGGCCUCCAGAAGGAUGAAUGAGACUCUGAAUCAUAAGAUGAGAGAGUACUGUUUACGGCUAAGAAACAUGGUAGCGAGCGAUUCAACUAAGGGAGAACUUGCUGCUGCAAUGGAUACUAUGAUAGAGGAGGUCUUCAGAAUAGUCAGCAUCUGCUUGGGGAGCCCCCCGGACACCUUCUGCUGGGAGUUCAGAGAUAAGGAGAAAAACUAUCACAAGAUCGGCCCUGUGACGCCACUGGAGUUCUACCAGGAGCACGUCAAGCCGCUCUUCAACAUGGAAGAUAAGGUUUGCCUUGUGAAUGAUCCUCGACCUCAGAACGAGUACAGCAGGCUCUACACUGUGGACUACCUGGGCAACAUGCUGGGCGGCAGAAAAACCCUCUACAACAACCAGCCCAUUGAUCUCUUGAAAAGGCUGGCUGCGGCUUCCAUUAAAGACGGCGAGGCUGUGUGGUUUGGCUGUGAUAUUACAAAACAUUUCCAUGGAAAGCUGGGCAUCAUUGACAUGAAUAUAUUUAAUCAUGACCUGGUGUUCGGCGUCUCUGUCAAGAACAUGAACAAAGCAGAGCGGCUGCUGUUUGGAGAGUCUCUGAUGACCCAUGCCAUGGUCCUCACUGCCGUCACAGACAAGGAGAAAGCAGGCAUGGAGCCACAUGAAGGCUGCAAAAGUCUGCAGACUUUGGAUGAACAAGAAGGAACGUUUGAGAAAUGGAGAGUGGAAAACUCCUGGGGUGAAGAGCGUGGCUGUAAAGGUUACCUGCUCAUGACUGAUGACUGGUUUUCUGAGUAUGUGUAUGAAGUCGUGGUGGAUAAGAAACACGUGCCAGAGGACGUCUUGGCAGUGAUGCAACAGGUUCCCGUUAUCUUGCCAGCUUGGGACCCCAUGGGUGCUUUAGCAAAGUGAACUUCAAAGUAUUUGCCUCCUGAAGUAGAUGCAAUAGAGAAUCCUACUGGUUGAAAGCCAUAGCCAAAUGUUCAUGCGACCAAAGUACUCGACUUGGUCCAUAAGUCUUGAUAUGUAUGCUAAGGAUCUUCUUGGGAAAUAGCGCUUAAUUGGAUGGCCGAACAAAAAGGUCUAAGACGGGCUACUCUGCAAGGAGAAAAACUUCAUGAUACUGAUUUAAAGUGCUUUCAAUAGUGGUUUGAAUUUUUUUAAAAUCUUGCUAUGUUUUUAAUAAAAUCGACAUAACUCCGUAGAACUGGUUUUGACCAGCGGUCUACAAAGAAGGGUUGGAUAGAUGGCCAUAUUUUAGCAAAAGUAGUUGAGUGGUAUUAGGACAAAUAAGUAAAAUACUUAAAUACUAAAUGUCCCUGCUUCUUUUUCAUUUUUACCAUAAAACAAAUAUUUAAAAGGAGCACUUGCUUUCCUUAGAGGCAUUUCGGUGUUUGGUUUUUUUGCUGUACGUCAGGAGCGGGUCUUAAGCAGACAAGCUCUGAGAAGGCAGCACUUUCCUCAGAGGAACUUUUCAAAACCUUUCUUGCAGCACAAGGGGAAGAAAGUCUUUUCCUCAAUGUGCUUAAUACACCCCAGAAUCGGUAUCGGGUCUGUGGCAGCGUUAUUUUUCAAUAAGAUUACCAAGAACAACCAUAAAUAUGUUCAUAGGCAAGAGUCAAAGAAUGUGAUGCUCAAGCAAAACUGUUUUUAAUUACUGCAUUUUAUUUGGAUAUUUUCAACAAAUAGAUGGUGCUAUGAAGCUUUUGAAUAAACACUUUCUUAAGUGA